AACAAACAUAAUUUUCUCUGCAUGCAACGAAACAAGAAAGCACAGUUUGUAAAGUUGAUGGAGAGGAUUGUAUGACAAGAUCAUCAUGAAGUGUACCGGCCACUUGGUGUUUUGUUUGCUGAUCGUGUGUCUGUCCGUCCGGCUUUCGAUUGCACAGGGUCAGCCAGCCAAAUGUCCACAAAAUUGUCCGCCCCAAUGGGUGAACUUGAUGAAACCAUAUCUGCCCAUGAUCGGCGAACUAGGGCCGAUGAACCGUUUAUGCCAAGAAGCCAACAAGAACAACAUCAUGUCUCCGUGCAGCAACCCCGGAAGUACCUGCACCCCGACCGGAAAUCCCACUAGUUUUGUCUGCUGUCCACGACAGUGUCUGGCUACCACGGAAAAAUGUUACAAUCAACAACCACCGCCAGCCAACCUGUGUGUGCCUACAGACGUAUCACGCUGGCAGGAUGCCUUCAUACAUGCCUUUAUGUCGGGAUAAAAAAAGCAAGAAAAGGACCAGUUGUUGUGACGCCAAAGGACCUAUCCUGCGUUUGUGUGCGUUGUUAAUUUAAAAUUUCUUCAAUUAAAAAACUGCCUGCAAA